AUGGAGAACGUCCUUGUGCUCGAUAAUGGCGGGUACAACAUAAAGGUAGGGCUAGCCGGAGGUGAGUGCAUUUCUGUUUUCAAUGGGAUAGCUAGAUCGAGAGAUAGGCAGGUUUUUGUUGCAAACGAGAUGUGUAAGUGCCGUGACUUCACAUCGCUGCAGUUUCGGAGACCAGUUGAACGAGGCCACUUAGCAUCUUGGGAGCUACAGAAGACCAUCUGGGACUGGAUUUUUGACAAUGAGACUCUACUAAGAAGUUUUGAUGUUGCUAGUAGCGGACUUAUUUAUACCGAAGCGCCUUAUUCACUGCCGGCACUCUCGAUCCAUGCUGAUCAGAUAGUAUUUGAGGAAUAUAACUUCAAUCAUUACAGGCGAUGUACUGCCGCAAGUCUGGUCCCAUGGAAUAACACAGAUUCACUUUUUGGUCAGGAAACUUCCAGUACUCCGUCAGAUGCAUGCUUGGUGGUAGACGCUGGAUUCAACGCAACGAAUAUUGUGCCAGUCAUACGAGGCAACGCAAAAUACAGCUCCAUUAGGCGAGUAGAUGUAGCGGGAAAAGUGCUCACAAAUUACCUCAAGGAAACAAUAUCUUUUAAAUACUACAACAUGAUGGAUGAGACCUACCUGAUCAACACUAUAAAAGAGCAACUUUGCUACGUUUCCAGAGAUUUCAAUGACGACCUCAACAAAUGGAAAAUAAAUAAGCAUAGUGUGCAAAAAGGAUACCUGCUCCCCGACCAUAAGAAUUCGAACUUUGGUCGUGUUCUAGAUGACCCCUACGAAAUUCGUCGACUCCAAAAGGAAGGCGAGCACCAGCUGCUGGUUCUGGCAAAUGAAAGGUUUUCAAUACCCGAAGCACUCUUCGAUCCAAGGGAAGCUGAUUUCGACCAAGCUGGCGUUGCAGAAGCGGUUGCACAGAGUAUAUCGAGUACGUCUCCAAUAAUUCAGCCGCUUCUUUGGGGUAAUAUUAUUCUUGCGGGUGGUACAGCCAAACUAAUGGGCUUUUCUGAUCGCCUGGAGAGAGAUUUAAGGCUCCUAGCCCCACAAGGUGUAACUGUUCGAGUGGCCACUCCGCCCGAUCCCAUAAGCUACGCUUGGAACGGAGGGUCUGUGAUGGGGACCCAGGCCUCGAAAGCUCUUUGGUUUUUGAGUCGGGACGAGUACUUAGAAAGUGGAGAAUCUGCAUGUCUGCGUAAAUUUGGAAAGAACCCGGGGAUGACAGUUGAGAGCGUGACGACAAAUGCAGGGCAGGAUUAA